CAUCAAAUCUUGUGAUCCCCUUCCUUUUUCUUCUUGGAGCAAUAAACAUAACCUGACCGUUUUUUCGUAGUCUCCACAACACUCCGAUCCAACUAUUGCUCUUGUUGUUCUAUUUGAGAUCCAUCAUCAUGUUUCUUCGUUUGUGCUUCUAUGCAUGUCUCUUUCUCCUAUUGGGGUUGAGAUCAGAACUUGCCAAUGCUCAGUUUUUCAGAAAAGUAGGAGACAAGUUCCUUUCUUACUCGAAAAUAGUUGUAGAUCCAUCAGGGCAUGGAAACUUCUCUACCAUACAAUCUGCCAUUGAUUCAGUGCCUUCCAACAAUAGGUAUUGGGUUUCCAUCAAGGUGAAGGCAGGUACCUACAGAGAAAAAGUGAAUAUUCCUUAUGAUAAGCCUUACAUCAUAUUGAAAGGUGAAGGGAAAAGGAAAACUCUUGUUGAAUGGGGCGACCAUAAUUCAACCGCACAGAGCCCAACUUUCACAGCCGUGGCAGAUAAUGUUGUAGUCAAAUGCAUGAGCUUCAGGAAUUCAUACAAUAAUCCAAUAAACAAUAAUCCCAAGAGGCCUGCAGUUGCUGCAAUGGUGAGCGGAGAUAAGUCUUACUUUUUAAGAGUUGGGUUCUUUGGCUUGCAAGACACUUUGUGGGAUGAUAGUGGAAGACAUUACUACAAGCUUUGUACCAUUCAAGGUGCUGUUGAUUUUAUCUUUGGUGCAGGACAGUCUUUGUUUGAGAGGUGCUCCAUAUCAGUUAUUGGUGCAGCCUUAGAACCAGGAUUUCCUGGUUAUAUAACAGCACAAGGGAGAACAGAACCAAACGAGGGAAGUGGGUUUGUUUUCAAAGAUUGCCACGUAUUUGGAAAUGGGACAACCUACUUGGGUAGGCCAUGGAGAGGUUAUGCUAGAGUCUUGUUCUACAACACCAACAUGUCCAGCAUUGUUCAACCUGGUGGCUGGGAGGCUUGGAAUUUCGUUGGACAUGAGGAUGGCAUAACAUUUGCUGAGCAUGGCAAUUUCGGGCCGGGUUCUGACACGUCUAAGCGAGUGAGUUGGGCUAAGAAGUUGGAUUUGACUACUGUUUAUAAGAUGGCAAGUUUGAACUUCAUUAACAACCAAGAAUGGAGUCAGAACCAAAUGUUAUUAUAAAGAUGCAAAGGAUUCGAAUCUCCUGCAACUGUAGCAUAACAGUUUAAGUCUAUAACCUUUUUUUAGUUGUCUAUUUUUGUGAUUAUUGGAUCAGUUGUUAAUUGAAGUUGGAGUCUCAUUUUUCCAAUAUUAGGGACAUUAAUUACCUAAGACCUCCUCUAGAAUAAGUUAUUUUUUUCUUCCCCUAAUUAAUUGCAUUCUUGUCCUGUUGGUGUAAUUUUCGAUUCCUUAGUUUUUUAAA